UUCAACGAACAUGAUACUCCCACUAUGGGAACACAAAUGGCUUCUUUUAAAUUCUUUUCCGCGCUCACACAUUUUCCGUUUCUUCUUUCUCUCCUUUAAUUAUUUUUAAUUUUCAUAUCCUCCCAACAAAACACAAUGAGAACACUAGGCAACAGUAUUCGAAGAGUCCCACCAGCUGCAGCCGUCAAAAUCCUGCGUCAAGGCUUUGUUCUCCCAACACCUGCAGCGCGUGUGCUUUUCAAGGACAUUUUGAAGCCCGAGAAAUGGCACCGCAAAUGGAUCUACAAAGUGCGCUGGAAUCAAGCGUGGUGGGGCGGUUGGAUUGGUGAAAAUAUCAGCAAACUGGACCACGACGGCAUGAUGAACCGGGUAGCGAGAGCAGAUAUUAUCUUUUUCCAUGUUCACGGUGGUGGAUUUCGCAUCGGCAAAUACAACAUGUUCAUGGACACCUACAUCCAGCUGCUGCGUGUGCUCAAGGUCAAGUUCAAUGUGGAUGCCCUGAUCAUGUCAGUCGAGCACAGACUAUCGCCGGAGUACAGAUAUCCCAGCGCAACUGAAGAUGUCGUACACGCAUAUGAUCACUUGAUCAACACCCUCCACGUCGACCCGUCUCGAGUGAUUGCCAUGGGCGGAUCCACAGGCGCUGCGCUUAUCUUGGAAAUGCUGUUUAUCACACACGACCCUUCAAUGUUUGAAAUUCAAGCAGACAGUAUCGAAGGUGGAUCAGCAGAAGCCAUCGCACCCGAGCUGCCGCGGCCUGCUUCGCUCAUCAUCAGCUCACCUCUAGUCACCGAGCAAACAACAUCGGAAUCCUGGCGCACCAACACAAAAUACGAUUACAUUAGCCAAAUCACCGCGAAAAAAAUCAUUGAUGAAUACUUUGAGGAACGCUCUCCCGACGCACCACCCGAAGCCUGUUUGCUUGGUCUUGCCGAUAUGCAAACCGGCUACAAUGCCUUUUUACCACAAACACUCAUGUUUGUUGGUAACAAAGAAGUCCUUCGUGACGAUGCCCUGGAUUUUGCUCACAAGGCUGAACAGGACGGUGUUCCGUGGGAAACGAUCGUGGAAGAGUGCUGCCAUGACUUUUUCUUUGUUCGAGAGGUUGUCAAGGACAAAAAGGUGUUGGAGCGUGCCGACGAGAUCUUUGCAGACUUUUGCUAUAGGACAGUGAUUGGCCCACGCCAUGCAGAAGAACGAUCUUAUCGACGAGCAAGUGAAGGUUUGGCCGCGGUGCCUGAAGAGCAACACGAUACCGAGUCAUACGUAGACGGUUCGUCGUCGGAAGACGAAUUUCACGAGGCAUUGACCAUGAGCGUGGAUUCGAAUCAGUCCGGUACUACCGCAGUGUCAGAAGAAUCAUCCAAAGUUUCGACUGUGUCAUCAACAAACACUUCGUCUACCAAAAAAAAAUCAAUGACAAUUUAUGUAUAAAUACAAUGUAACUCGAAUCGACUUGUUAUAUGUUUUUAAAAGUCCUUAACUUUAUCUCAACACCUUUCUCUCCUUUUUUCUCUUCUUUUGCCGCAGUACUAUAUUAUCUUCUUUUCUAGUGGACGAGCCCUGUAUACCAAUCAUUUCUGUAAAUAAACUCUUCUUUUAUCAAUAUCAAUACGACUGUCUACUACUAGCAGCAGCGGCCAAUGUUUUGUAUCUGCCUUUUUCUCGUCAAAAAACGUGGACC